GGGCGCUAGGCCAGCUCCAGGUCACCUCAGGCAAUGAGAAGCUUGUAGCUGGCAGGCAGGGAGGACCUGGGAAUGAGGAACGGAGGAGGACACAGCAGAUCAGGCUUGGGAGCCAAAGAAGAGGCCGAUGAGGGCCGGGGAAGAGGGUGAUGGGGAAGGGGCAGGGGCUGGGGAAGAGGGUAGACACACAGGGGUUUUAGGAGAACUAAAGACGUGGGCAGAGGCGCAAUGAGACAGAAGAAGAAAGACGUGGAAAAGCAGCAUCAGGGGCCUGCACGUCCCCUUGCCCAGCCCUCCUGCUGUCCUAGACUAAUGCCAGAGGCACACCCAGAAGCCAGUAGGGUGUUCCACUGUGGUGCAAUGGGAUCGGUGGCAUCUUGGGAGCGCUGGGACGCGGGUUUGAUCCCUGGCCCUGGCACAGUGGGUUAAGGAUCUGAUGUUGCUGCAACAGUGGCUCGCAUCUGAUUCCUGGCCGGGGGAACUCCCUAUGCCAUGGCGCAGCCCAAAAAAGAAAAGAAACCAGUAUGACUUACGCUGUGAGCAUGUCCUGAGCAUUUGCUGAAUUAUGAAGAGAAUUUCUCCAAAUGCCCCAUCUGACCAGGAAAACCUCCCAAACCUCCCCCCGCCGCCCAGCUCUGACUUGAGCCACUGGCCACCCAGCUCCACCACGUGCAUCCCUGCUGAGAAAAGAGCCAUCGUUACCACCAUCAGCACCACGCUCACUACCACCGUUAUCGUUACCCUCAUCGUAGCUAUGGACCCCCCAUCCCCUGGACACCCCACACUGUGUCCCCCAAGGGCUUGGAGGUGCUGGAGCCUCUGGGUGCCUCACCACUAUACCAGCGAGUCUCAACAUUUUUGCUCCCAAAAGGGACAUUCGGAAAUGCCUGGAGACGUGUGGUUGUCACAGCUGGGGGUGCCGCUGGCAUCUAGGGGCCAGAGGCCAGGGAUGCUUUUCAACCUCUGGUAGAGGCAGCAGAGUUAUCUGCUGCACAGUGUCAGAAGUCCUGAGGACAGAAAAACCUGCCGACAGAUCCUACUGUCCUCACUCCGCCCUUCUCGGGCCCUCGCCCCAAAGUGUCCACCUCACACCUCUGGUUCCUGGACAAGAAGUCAACAGGGCCCUGCUGCGUUGGGCUCUUUGUUCUCUUAUCGCUUGCAGCUCCUGGCCGCCACUGCUUCUACUGAAAAGUCAAUAUGAUGAAGAGCGCUUUGCGGCCGCCCUCACAGGGGAAAACACACAGAAACAAUUGAGGCCCGGAGCCCGGGGUUCGUCGGGGAUGGAGGUCAUGCUUGUCCAGGGCAGGGAGGCGGGGCCCGGGCUGCGUCCCCAGGGGUAUAAAGCAGGAAGGAGCGCUCGGGCCUUCACUCCACGGCGACGCACGACGUAGGGUCACUUCUCUGCUGCGGCCAGAUGGGCAUGGGCAUCAUGAAGUGGAUGGUGGUGGCCUUGGUCUGCCUCCAACUCUUGGAGGCGUCGGUUAUCAAAGUCCCGCUGAAGAAAUUAAAGUCCAUCCGUCAGGCCAUGAAGGAGAAGGGCCUGCUGGAGGAGUUCCUCAAGACCCACAAGUACGACCCCGCCCAGAGGUACCGCUUCGGCGACUUCAGCGUGGCCUUGGAGCCCAUGGCCUACUUGGAAGCUGCCUACUUUGGCGAGAUCAGCAUCGGGACCCCACCACAGAACUUCCUGGUCCUUUUUGACACCGGCUCCUCCAAUCUGUGGGUGCCCUCUGUCUACUGCAAGAGCCUGGCCUGCACCACCCAUGCCCGCUUCAACCCCAGCAAGUCCUCUACCUACUCCACCGACAGGCAGACCUUCUCCCUGCAGUACGGCAGUGGCAGCCUCACUGGCUUCUUCGGUUACGACACCCUAAAGAUCCAGAGCAUCCAGGUCCCCGACCAGGAGUUCGGCCUGAGUGAGACAGAGCCAGGUACCAGUUUCCUGUAUGCCCAGUUCGAUGGCAUCAUGGGCCUGGCCUACCCCGACCUGUCUGCGGGUGGGGCCACCACUGCCAUGCAGGGCCUCCUGCAGGAGGAUGCGCUCACCAGCCCAGUCUUCAGCUUCUACCUCAGCAACCAGCAGAGCUCUCAGGACGGGGGAGAACUCGUCUUGGGGGGUGUGGACAGCAGCCUGUACACCGGUCAGAUCUACUGGGCCCCCGUCACUCAGGAGCUAUACUGGCAGAUUGGCAUCGAGGAGUUCCUCAUUGGUGAUGAGGCCUCUGGCUGGUGCUCUGAGGGCUGCCAGGCCAUUGUGGACACCGGCACGUCUCUGCUCACCGUGCCCCAGGACUACCUGAGUGACCUCGUGCAGGCCACGGGGGCCGAGGAAAACGAGUACGGAGAGUUUCUCGUGGACUGUAAAGACAUCCAGAGCCUGCCCACCUUCACCUUCAUCAUCAAUGGUGUGGAGUUCCCUCUGCCACCCUCCGCCUACAUCCUCGAGGAGGACGGCUUCUGCAUGGUGGGGGUCGAGCCCACCUACGUGUCCUCCCAGAAUGGCCAGCCCCUGUGGAUCCUCGGGGACGUCUUCCUCAGGUCCUACUAUUCCGUCUUCGACCUGGGCAACAACAGGGUGGGCUUCGCCACCGCUGCCUAGACUCAGCCCCUGGACACCUGGGUCCCCUUUUCCUUCUCGGCACCCCACCCUACAGGGGGUUCUCUCUGCACUUCCUUACUGCAUUCAGCCUUCCUUCUCUGGACUCUGGACUUGCUCUAACAAUAAAUCAUUCUUCUCCAUGCUGA